AUGAGUGAGCAUAACACCCUCAAAAAGUUCCGCUUGGAAGUGACAUGCUCCAUUUGCUUGGAGUAUUUCAGUGAUCCUGUGAUCCUUGAAUGUGGGCACAAUUUCUGCCACCACUGCCUUGUGAAAUACUGGAAGGAGUUUGUAACAAACAACAUUUGCCCUCAGUGCAAAGUGGCCACAGAGUCUAAGGGCCUCAUAAACAAACCCCUUGAAAAAUUUGUUAGGAUGCUCCAACAGCUGAACGAUGAGCCAGAAAAAAAGGGGGUCUGUGAGAAACAUCAGGAGCCUUGGAAAUGUUUCUGCAAGAAUCACCAAGCCGCCAUUUGCAUGAAGUGUGCUGAAUCCACAGAACAUGAAGGUCACAACACCAUCUCCCUGGAGGAAGCAGCCCAAGAAUUGAAGGAUUAUUUCCGCGAGUUCCUUGAUUAUCUAAACAACCAGCAAAGUGCAAUUCUGGAGCAUAAAACACGUACAGAAACAGAAAGCCUAAACUUACUCAAAUUGACAGAGAAAAUUAAGAAAGAAAUUGACCUUGAGUUCGAGGAGCUACGCCAUUUUCUGAAGAAUGAAGAGUACUUUCUGAUGACCAAGAUCCACCAGAUAGAGAAGGAAAUCAGAGAGAAGCGGGACGAACGUAUGAAUCAGCUCUUUCAGGAACACACUUCUCACGACAGACUGGUGCGGGAGUUGCAAAAGAAACGUGACCAGCAAGCAAAUGACCUUCUGCAGCAAGCGGUGAUAACUUUAGACAAGGAGACAGCUCACCCCCACCUCAACGUGUCUGCGGACUGUAAAAGUGUGAAGCUGGGAAACGAGGCUCAAAACCUGCCGAAGAAUCGCAAACGAUUUGACUCAAGUCUCAGCGUGCUGGGCUGCGAGGAGUUCACGGAGGGCCGGAACUAUUGGGACGUUUCUGUGGAAAAUGAGGGGGAAUGGACAGUGGGUGUGGCCCGAAAGUCUGUGAGGAGGAAGGAUCCAAUCUUCAUUGGGCCCAAAAAUGGCAUUUGGGCCAUAGGGAAGCGUGGCAAUGAAUAUUUUGUCCUUGACCCUCCAAAUUCUGUUCGGCUGCAGCACAAUGGGGAGCUCAAAAGGAUUCGGGUGUUUUUUAAUUAUUAUGGGAAGCAUGUGGCUUUCUUCGAUGCAGAGGGAGCAGGCAUGCUCCAUCGUACCUUUACAACUAUGGCCUCCAAAGAGAUCUUUCUCCCUUUUUUUCACCUGUCUGAUACGGCUGUUCUCACCCUGACUCCUUAA